AUGGCUACCCUGCACGCCCAGCCAAAAGCAAUCGCCCCACCACGAGACAUCGCCGUAGCCAUCGACGACACAAGCUUCCAGUCUCCGUCGUCCAACACCAGCUGCCAUGCCAACACCCUCCGCGCCAGCCCACGCACACACACGCACUCAUCUACACACGCGGCCAUGUCAAAUCCACAACCCGCAGCCCAAGGCACAAAGGAGACGGGGCUGCGCGUGCCCGGUAAUGGCAAGACCAUCUACCACCGCCCACUCAACCGCACCAAGACGGCGGAGCUGAGCCAAGCGAGCUUCGCCUAUCUGUUCAGCGAGAUGGUCACAUAUGCCCAGAGAAGGGUGAAAGGCAUCCAAGAACUCGAGCAGCGGCUCAACGAACAAGGGCACCCCAUCGGCCUUAAGCUUCUCGAUCUCCUGCUCUACCGUGAGCCGCCGCGCUCGCAGCUGCGUCCCCUGAGCAUCAUCUCCCUGCUGCACUUCAUCAAGCAGAACGUGUGGCAGCACCUGUUUGGCCGGCAGGCCGACCGGCUGGAAAAGUCCAACAACCCCGACACGCCCGACGAGUACAUGAUUAUCGACAACGAGCCCCUCGUCAACCAGUACAUCAGCGUGCCGCGCGAGAUGAGCCAGCUCAACUGCGCGGCGUUUGUGGCCGGCGUCGUCGAGGGAGUCUGCGACGGGGCCGAUUUCCCGGCCAGGGUGACGGCGCACACCGUCGGCGAGGGGGACAUGUGGCCCGGCAAGACGGUGUUCCUGGUCAAGUUCAGGAGCGAGGUUGUUGAGCGGGAGGCGCUUCUGGACAAGAGCUGA